GGGUUAGAGAUGGAACCACCCGCCUCCUCAAAAUGGUGGGGCUCCUUCCCCUGCUGGAUCUUUUUCCGCCCAAACGGCUGGAAAAAACCGACGUCGAGCGUGACUUCUUCAACAAGGCCAGGCAACAGUGGCCCUGGUGAAAUCAUCAUGACCUUGGAAAAAGGCUUUUGUAUCUAUCAAAUCAUGAGUAAUAAGUCUUGCUGUGUUGUUUGAACCACAAUUUUGCUGCACUUUCUUGUUAUUUGUGCUGUUUGACAGGGGAUGACUUGCUUGCAUCAACAUCUAGAGUCCCUCUUUCCCCCAGAUCGUAUUCUUUUUCUAGCAUUUUGGGGUCUUGGAGUUGAUGUACCAGUAUCCUCUCAUGAGAUUGGAUGAAGCUUGGAACUUACCCUUCAAGAAACAAUAACAACGCAACGUCUAAAGUGUCAUUUCGCCGGUAUUUGUCUCAACAUGGGCAUCUUGGGACAUGGUCUUUGGAGAUGUUAGCUCGGAGACCCAAAUGCUCCAGUUCAAGGUCGCUAGUCUCAUUGUUGCAACAAUUCAAAUGUCAAGAUAUAGCGGGAUCUGAAAUGCCCUGACUACUGAAUUCGUUCUAGGCUGGUCCUGAAGGGUCCUAGGGGCUUGACAACGACAACAGCAAAAACCCCGCAGUCGCUGUCUGUGCCGCACAGAAAAGGAAUCGAACGAGAGACAUUUCACAUGUGCCGUGGUAACACAAGGCCUCAUCUUCGACUCGAAUGACUGGCAAAUAUGGAGUAUGGCGCCCCUAUGUCUCACUCGCUGACCAUAGAAAUCGCGGCAGCUCGAGAUCUGGCAAUCAGUGACACCAAGGAGAGAAUACCGUCUCGAGGGACCAAAGGACUGUUGUUUUCUCAUCUCGUGGAAAGGAUACUUCUGCACGUCUCUUUGCGCCGUGCAGCGACCACCAGCAGCAAGGCGUAUGCAGCUGGUUGUCGGCCUCUCGGCUGCCCAUUCUUCCCCUUGCACGACAUGCAGCCAGCCAAACAUGUUCUGUGGUUUUUGCCCCGCAUCCGCAACAGCAGUCAGUGGUCGAGUGGGCACGUUGAUGCGUGUCACCGUCCGGUCUGUCGCCUACAACACCACCUCAGGUCAACUGACCAGUCACCUUUUUGUCUGUCGACCGAGCGGUCACGGCCGGCUUGUACGUGGAUAUGUGUGUGUUUGACAGAGGCAGAAAGCAGCAAGCUACCCGUCUUCCGGUUCCCGCUUCCCGUCAGUCUGCCCUCUCUCAUCCUUCCAUAGCCCCGUAUCGGGUGUGAAGACCUUUUGGCAUGGCCAAUUUUGCCGCUUCCCCUAUGACUUGUACAUACAGGCAACCGGUGUGGCUGCCUGAGUGCUGAGUGUGUGCCACACUAGCAGGUAGCUGAUGCCUUUUCGGUUGCUUCCCCGUUCUCUUCGGCUCUUAUCAGGGCGGCCCCCGUCCUCUUUGUCUCUGCGUACAUCGGACCUCCUUCUUGACCUUACCUUUUCGUUGUUUAGUCAGUUGUUUUCUGUCGACCGGUGAUUUUGCUGCCCGCUACUCCAACAUCUCCGACUAUACCGUGUGUGUGCAAAGGUGCUGUGCUUUAUAUCGUCGCAUCACGUCAGAUCGGACCCCAUCACAUAGCAAUAGGCACCAUGGCUGGGGCGGCUAGCGCCUCCAACAUAGACGCAGCCGCAGAGCACAGCGGAAGUGGGAACGGCAGUGGUAGCAGAAGCCCCAACGCUGUCGCAAGGCCCAGUGUGAUUAGCAAUGGCGAGGGUAGUUCCUCUUCGCCUGUCACCGGAGCAGAAUUAACAUCGGGCUCCGGCCCGGGGUCUCGGUCGGCAUCGGCAUCGGUGCCGGGAUCUGGAUCUGGAUCAGUUCGGACCCUAGAGGACGUCAUGAAAGAGCCAUCCACCAGUGUUCCUGAUGUUGUUGUCCUAAACGCUGUGCCCGAACCUCGUCUGCGUCGGGACACAUUGGACCCGAAAGAAGACCUCUGGAUGUCCACGGCAGAUGGUCGAUAUAGCUCACCUAUCAUUCCCUUGAAAGUUGGCUCAUCGCCGCACAUAGAGACCUUCUAUGUGCACAAGCACAUCCUGAUCAAGUAUGAGUACUUUGAAAAGGCACUGUGCGGACCUUUCAAGGAGUCUGAGACCCAGUCUAUCGAGCUCCCGGAGGAAGACCCUGCCAUCUUCCACUUCCUGGUGUCAUACUUCUAUGAAGGGCGAUAUGACCCCAUCAAGCCGCUAGCCGCCGUGUUGAUUGCCGACCAACCCAAAGGCAAAGACCCCGAACAUGAAAUUUCCCACCCGGCCACCACUUCCGCCAACCUCAACACCGGCGCCGACUCAGACUCGGACCGCUCCCUCUCCUCCCUCGAAUCAGACGUCAGCACCAUCUCCCGCCGCCGCCGCGACCGCCGCAUCCGCCGAGCCGAACGCCAGUACGAACGCCUCCGUCAAAAACACCCCGGCCACCACCGCACAAACUGCCCCUGCCCCUCCUGCAGCAACGUCCAAACCGGCCCCGCAUGCUGGUCCUGCCGAGCACCCCGUAUGCCACCCCCCCCUCAUCCUCCCCCAGGCGCCAUCCACCCCAACGUCCUUCUCAUGAACAUGAACGGUGUCCCCGGCCCAGGCCGACCACCACCACCACCACCACCACCAGGCCACCCAGCCCACCACCGCCGCCGCAACGCCAACCGUCGUGGUCCCCAUCCCCCUCCUCCCCCUCCACCACCACCCCCCCUCCCCCCCUCAGCAAACACCAACCCCAACCCUCGCCUCCCCACCCCAGCCGACCUCCAAACCUGGCUGUUGACCUACAACCUCUCCCUCUCGGUGUACAUCUCCGCGUCCAAAUUCCUCCUCGAACCGCUAAAACGUUGUGUGGCCCGUCACAUCAUCGAUCUCCUUGAAUCCGCCGGCCCAGACUGCGCUUCCCUCGAGCUGUUGUACUCGUGUUCGACCCUUUACACCAACCUCCCCUCUUACGACCCCCUCCUCAAGAUGAUUUUCGCCAGGGUGGCCUUUCUCCAGUGCUGGAAACUUCCUACUGAAGGUGGGGACGGGGACAGGUAUUUGGUUGAAAAUCCCGAGAUUGCCGCUUUGCUGCUGAAGGAGAUGGCGAGCAGGACGGAGGAUGGGGGGUUGGGGGGGACAAGUUGGAUGGUCAUGGGGGCGGAUGGGGGAAGGAUGUUGCCUUCGAUGGAGAGGGUUGGGGAUGUGUGGGCGGAUGGGGUUAGGAAUGGCGGGGGGGUCAACGGAGGGGGAACGGGGUGGAUGGUGCAGAAUGGGGGUGGGGGAGGGGGGCACCAUGGUGGGGGGGGACAUCAUCACAAUCAUCCGCUGCCGCCGCCUGGGCCGCCGGGGAAUCAUCAGGGUUAUGGGGGGUGGAAUGGAGGAGGGGGACAGGUGCAGGGGCAGGUUAUGUAUGGGCACCAUAACUGGCCUGGGAGGAGGUAG